UUAGAAGUGACUCGCGAGUGGUACAAUGCAUGCAAAAUCGACGCAUUUGAAUCGAUACGCUCUUGCUGUGACCCAACUUGGUGAUUGAUUAGUGAUUCGAUUGUAAAAUAGAGACUGUGCCCAAAGUGACGGUGUGCAAGAUUUGCACUGAAUUCGAAUUAUGUAACGAACGUGGGCAGAUAAAUUUCAAUACGUGAUAGAACUGGAAGAAUCGAAUGAAGAGCAGUAGUGACUCAACAAUGCGAUAGAUAACGAGCAUCGGAUGUCGCUGCAGCUGGACAUUGUGCUGUGUCAUGGAGUUUUGAUAAAACCCUUGAAGUUUGUCGUGCAAACAUUAAUAAACGCAUCAAGCCAGAACCCAAACAUGCCGGAUUACAAGGUCUACUACUUCAACGUCAAGGCCUUGGGCGAGCCUCUGCGGUUCCUGCUGUCCUACGGCAAUCUCCCGUUCGAUGAUAUCAGAAUCACCCGCGAAGAAUGGCCAGCUCUGAAACCAACAAUGCCCAUGGGACAGAUGCCGGUGCUGGAGGUCGACGGCAAGCGAGUCCACCAAUCGCUGGCUAUGUGCCGCUACGUGGCCAAGCAGAUCGGCCUGGCCGGGUCCGAUCCGGUGGAGGAGCUGCAAAUUGAUGCGAUUGUUGAUACGAUUAACGAUUUCCGUCUGAAGAUUGCCAUUGUUGCCUACGAGCCGGACGACAUGGUAAAGGAGAAGAAGAUGAUCACCCUGACGAACGAAGUGAUUCCCUUCUACCUGACCAAGCUGAACGUGAUCGCCAAGGAGAACAAUGGCCACCUGGUGCUGGGCAAACCGACCUGGGCCGACGUGUACUUUGCCGGCAUCCUGGACUAUCUGAACUAUCUGACCAAGACAGAUCUGCUGACCAACUUCCCCCAACUGCAGGAGGUCGUGACCAAGGUGCUCGAGAACGAAAACGUCAAGGCGUACAUCGAGAAGAGACCGGUGACUGAAGUCUAACGCCCCAAACGCCACGAAAGAAGCAAAACUACCUACUAAACUCGAAUGGGAUAAGAAAAACGAACGCUACGCCAUUUUUGUGCUGUUUUAGUCUAGGGAUAAGUCAGUCGCGCGAAAGAAUCAAAACCUGUUUUGGGAAGGAAUUGUAUCUAUUCCUGCCAUGAUGGUGGCAUCUUUUAUGAAACCGUAUUUCACUAAUUGAACGUUGUACAUCUCCACAGUAAGAGAAUAUCUAGAUUCUAGUCAAUAGGUUGUACGUUUAAGAUGUGUGUAAAGAAAUAUUUUAAGUUGUCCAUUAAGAGAGGGUCCGGUCGAGAGAAUACAUUGUGUGUAAAGUCCACAUCGAAACUAACAAA